AUGGUGAAUAUAAAGAUGGAGGAAUUGAGAUUUCCGAGAAGGAGAGGGGCAUUGAAGCCAACUAAGAUACAGGUUGUGCAUGGGCAAAACAGUCAUUUUACUGGAAAGAACUUGGGGAGGAAGGCAUGGAUGAGGGGUAGAAGCGUCAUUCCACAAGCAGGAAGAAUCAAAGAAUCAUUACUUGGAAUCUGGUACAAGAAGAUAUCAGUAAUGCCAGUUGUGUGGGUCGCCAACAGAGAGGUGCCUCUCGGUGAUUCAUCUGGAGAGCUAAUGCUAUCUGAUCGGGAAUCCUUGUCCUUCUCAAUAGCACCAACAACAUUUUUUGGUUUUCCCAAAAAUUCAAUAUGGCAGAGUUUUGAUCCAGGUGAUACUGGCAUGAAUUGUGGAAUCAACUCAGUAACUGGCCUAGAUCGUGGCCUGACUUCGUGGAAAAGCUUGGAUGAUCCUUCCAGAGGUAAUUAUACAAAUCAACUUGCCUAAUGGGUUACCGUGUGGAGAGGAUCAGUUUAACAGUUCCAGACUGGGCCACAGAAUGGUCUUCGGUUCACUGGUCUUACGCUGAAGUAAAUUUUUGGAUUAUGGCUUGAAAAUGUAUGUGUUAUUCUGCUUGGAUUCUGGAAUUCUACACUGGCUGUGGGAAGCACAGGGCUAUCUGUCAAUUUAGUUCCUGUGCAGGCUAAUGGACAUCCUUAAGAACAAGGACGUUUUCAUGGGAAGGACAAUGUCACGAUCCAAAAUAAUUGUCAGAGUUAGUUGGAAUUAGUACGUUGUUUUUUUUGUUACUAACAAUUUGCAUAAAAUUAAUUCAAGUAAGUUGACUGGUGUAAUAUUAUCAGCUAUAAAUGUUGUAUUCUAUAACUGCUUUCGA